AAGUUAGCAGGCUGUUGCUGGAGAUGGCCACAGCUAAACUUUCUUGGUAAUUGUCUCAGUGGGGAGAUUUUGUUUUUCUUGCAUUGAAUUGUGAAAAUAAAGUACCAUCUGAGGAUGUAUAAAGAGAUGAUUCUCUUAUUACUUCUUUCAGAAUAUAGCUCGACAGAAGAGCCAUCUACCCAGAAAACAUCCACUUUCCUAAACAUAACUUCACCAAAACUGAAAAGGCAACCAAACAAAACAGAGCUGCCUGUUACAGAUGUCCCAGGCCAUGCUUCAACGCAAACUGAAACAUAUCCCUCAGAAUCACCAGACCCAACUGAGCAUAAAAUUGAUGAAUUGGAAUAUGACAGCACUAGUACAAACGUGCAAAGUAAUGGACACCAAUCCACACCGAAACCAGAACUUAAAGAAGGAUCAGGAAAUCGCUUGACCCACGCUAUCUCUGGACCAGUGGUCACCAUCAUAGUUUUUGCUGUAAUGGCUGUCAUCGUUGGAGUCAUCAUCCUUGUGUCACUCUUGGUUCGUCGACUGACAAGGAAAAAUUCAUUCAACCUGAAGAACAAGGACACAGUCUCCCCUUAAGAUUCUAAUGAGAGAAAAAGCAGAAUAGUAACAUGUAAAAACAUCCUCCCAAAAUGACUGGAAAAGAUCCCGAGAAGACGACUGUAUAAAUGAUUCUGUGGAAAAGUGGGAAGCAUUGUUCUGUCACAAUAAUAGAAGGCAUCGCUCUGGACUGGAGACAACAUUUCAUCCAGAAGCCCCUACUCUAGGGACUCAAUGAUGGACAAAUGGCCCUGCUGACCCAACGUUUUUGAUAUUGUUAAAAGUUGUUUUAUUCAUACUCUUGCUUAAGUUUUGUAUUUGCUUAAUCGCCGAGUUAAGAGUUUAGGAACUAACCUGUGAUCUCCCAUCACAUCUUUGGAAAGGUGUUCUACUGGCCUGAUAAUCACUUUAGACUGGGUACCUAAAGACAUUGCAAUGCCAUCAUCUUCAGAUUUGUUUAAACCUUCAGUUCUCCCUACUACUUCUACUAACCUUUUGACCUGGGCAACAAAGGUGCUAGCAUGCCUAUACAUGGAAAUGUUUCACAUGCCAAUGUAAAUUCUGCUCACAAAGGCAAUUAGCCCAGUACAUACAGUAUCAUGGUAUCAGAAUCAUUUAAGGAUUCUGUAAUGGUGUAACAAAGCAUACCAUUUAAUGCAGAAAAGAGACUGUGAAAUAUAAAAGGAAAGAAAAAUGAGUCAGAAGUCAGAGAACCUUAAUUCUCAUCCUAGUUCUGCUACUUAAAUCUAUUUGAUCUUGGGUAAGCCAUUUAACAUGCUUGGGCUUCAGUUUCUCAUCUAUAAUAUUCAACUUGUCUUAUCUAAUAAUUUUUAACCAGACUGAUGAUUACACUUGAUUUUGGAAAGUGCCACUGAAGAACUGUCCUCUCCUAAUUCAGAUCAUCACCUGCUCUGAAAUUUUUUCAAUAACUCUUACCUUCCAAAGCCGAAGAGUGAUAAGAGUUAGGCGAUGAGGGUUAAGUGACUUUCCCAGGGUCACACAGUUAGGAAGUGUCUGGGGUUCGAUUUGAACCCAGAAGCUCGCAUCUGUAAGUCUAGCUCUCAUCUGGCCAAGGAUGCAUAGUAUAUGUUCACAAUGAGUUGUGACUCAGAAACUAGAGUCCUAUCCAUUAGCCCCAAGCUACCUCAUUGCAUCCAUGAAUCAUCAAUCAUGUACAAAGUUCUGUGCUAGGGAUACAAAGACAAAAACAAAACCAUCCCUAUGCACAAGCAGCUUACAUUCUAGUGAGGGAUGGGUAAUAAGGAGCUCAACAAAAAUGGUCUAAUAUCUCUCCUGGUUGUAAAAUCAUUAUAAAUAAAUGAGAAAAAGCCCAUAGGAAAUGACUUGCUUUCUUGGGGCCAGGUAUGAACUCUUUUAGGGCACUAAUACCAUGUGAUAUAGAAUCAUUUAUAUAAAUGGUGCCACAGAAUCUGCCUCCCCACAAAAAAGCUAAUUCCCCUAGCCAGAAAAAAAAAAAAAACAUUUACUCCCCUUGCCUAUAUCCAGGUGGCGGCAAUAUGUGCCAGACAAACACUGAGAACUUUUACUUGUUACUGUGUGACCCUGUGUAAGUCAUUUUACCCAUAAGAUCCUCGAUUUGUCUGUGUCUAAACAAAGAGGAGGUUAGGCUAUAUGACCUUAUAGAGACAAAAGUUCUAGAGCUAGAAGGAAUUUUAUCAAUUGUCUAAUCCACCCUCUCCAUUUUUCCAGAUGAGGAAACUCAGAUACAGUACCUUGUCCAUAGUGAACCAUUGAAAAAUGUUUUUUGAAUGAAUUCAUGAAUGGCCCCACCAAGGUCAUAACUAACAGAGCAAGAAUUUGAACCAAGGCCUGUUGGACCCAAUUCCAUCGUUUCUAUGACCAGGAACCUGGUCUGGGCUCAUUGUGGUAUAGGAAAAGGUGCAAGAGGAUAAAAGUAGUAGCUUUUUAUUAUUUAUAUCCUGUUAUUGGCAACUUUCUGAAAACUUGAUAUUCCUAUUGCUAUGUGAAAAAUCAAAUAAAAACCAUACAAGUUAGGAGAAAUAAUAGGAUAAAUUUAAAGUAUCCACCUUCCCCCAUUUAGUUAUUAAUAAGGUUUUAUUUUCUUUUGGAUUCCCUUUUUAAAAUGAAGUAAAGCAUGAGGUAUGAAAAGUCCACUUCCCUAAGAAUAUGCUACAUAGAUAUACCUGUAUUGUGAGAUUCAAUUAACCCCAUGAAUAGUCCAAGAGUUGUUUUCAUUUAAUUUUUUCUCAGGUAUUUAAAAAAAAAGGAACAAGUUAAAAAUGGCACCCAAAAUAGGGAAAUAGCAGGGAAGAAUAGUUACUGUUGGUUCGCAAAGUACUUUCUACACUUUUUUCUUGGCAAAGCUAGCAAGGUCCAAAGGCAGGAUUCAACCCUCUAUAUCCUCUAAUUCCAGCAUUCUUUCCACCAUACCAAACUGGACAGAUCCAAAGGAAGGGAAAUUCUGAGGAGGGAGAGAUCACAUCAGCUAGGGGAGAGAGAAGAAGGCUCACUGAAAGAAGGAUACCUAAUCUAGGCCUUGAAAGAAGAAAAAGUUUCCAAAAGCCAGAGAUUGCUAACCAGGCAUGGAAGGGUGGCCAAGAAGUCAAGAGAGGACACCAAGGUACUGGAGAUUCUCCCAGUUUCUUCUAUCUGUCUCCUCACUUUCUCCUGUUUAAGGACUCAGUGACUUACCCAUAUAUGUCCUGUCAUUAUUUACUGAUAAAUGCUAUGAUAACUAUUGUUUCCAAGUCACCUAAGUAUGAAUUUAACUUUGUAAAUACUAAAGUAACAAUAGAUUGUUCAGAAUUUUAAGUGGUGGGCACAAGCUAAUUUUUCAUAAAUGAGAACUAUGUGUUAGACAUGUUCUGGCAUGCUUUAUAUGUUACGCAUAAGUUUUUUAAAAUAAUAAAUCUUUUUUAAAAAUGGA